UUUUCCCUCAUUCUUUUUGACGGUCCAACGCGCGUAACAGUCUUACGAUUUUCCAUUCAUCCAAUCCAGUCACCCUUUAUGAAAUGAACUUUGACAAGCCUAACACAACUAUAAAAGCUUUGAAUCUUCUUCUUCGUUUCAAAUAUUGAAUAUCUCAGUUUCUUUUUUACAUUAUCUACAGCUCCGCCUCUCUCUCCCCUCUCGGCCAUGAAGCCGCAACGUAGUCCCAAGAAGAUCUCCCUUAAUUGGAUCCCAUUCAUCUGUCUCUCCUUCUUCACUCUUGGGAUUCUCUUCAGUAACAGGUUGUGGGUACCACCUGAAUCCAACGGUCAACUUUUAUCACAACGCCGACGUGAGCAGGAGUUGCAGAUUGUCUCCGGUGAUUGCGAUACUAAGAAAACGCCUGGACAAGAUAAUGAUGUAAUGGGUGAAGUUUUGAAAACCCAUGAAGCAAUUCAGCCUUACAGAUCUCUAGACAAGUCGGUUGCAAUGCUAGAGAUGCAGUUAGCUGCCUCUCGUAGUUCUCAGGAAAUGGACAAUGGGGAGGCAUCUAAAGUUGUUUCAACCUUGACUCGUGAUGGUCCACCUAGGAAGAAGGUGUUCAUGGUCAUUGGAAUCAAUACUGCUUUUAGUAGUAGGCGACGGCGCGAUUCUGUCCGGGAGACUUGGAUGCCACAAGGGGAAAAGCUUAUUCAAUUGGAGCGUGAGAAGGGGAUCGUCAUUCGUUUCAUGAUCGGCCAUAGUGCAACAUCCAACAGCAUUUUAGAUCGAGCUAUUGAUUCGGAGGAGGCUCAGCAUAAGGAUUUUUUUAGACUGGAGCAUGUUGAAGGAUAUCACGAGUUAUCAGCAAAAACAAAAAUUUUCUUUUCUACUGCAGUUGCAAAAUGGGAUGCUGAGUUCUAUGUCAAGGUGGAUGAUGAUGUCCAUGUUAAUCUUGGUAUGCUAGCUACUACCCUUGGCCGUCACCGUUCCAAGCCCCGAGUCUAUAUAGGGUGCAUGAAAUCUGGACCAGUUCUUUCUAGCAAGAAUGUUAAGUACCAUGAACCAGAGUACUGGAAAUUUGGAGAAGAGGGUAACAAAUACUUCCGGCAUGCAACUGGUCAGAUAUAUGCAAUUUCAAAGGAGCUAGCAACAUACAUCUCCAUAAACCAGCCUAUAUUGCAUAAGUAUGCUAAUGAAGAUGUGUCCCUCGGGGCAUGGUUUAUUGGCCUUGAGGUUGAGCACAUAGAUGAUAGGAAUAUGUGCUGUGGGACUCCUCCAGAUUGUGAGUGGAAGGCACAAGCAGGUAAUGUCUGUGUUGCAUCUUUCGACUGGAGCUGCAGUGGAAUCUGCAAAUCUGUUGAGAAGCUCAAAACCGUUCACAAAAGGUGUGGUGAAGGAGAUGAUGCGGUUUGGAACACUUUACUCUAAAUUAGUUCGGAUACUAAGCUUUUCUUGUUGUAAACAAGAUCAAACAUUCGUGGUUUGAUGAUCGAGAAAGCAGAUUUCGUCCAGCGAAGUAGGAGAAAAACAUUGCAUCUGGUUUCAAUACAUAUCUGCAAACCCAUCUCCAACAACAUUUGCAGGAAAUCGUAUUGGAAAGAAAUGGAGAUUAAAGAUAGAAAUCACUUUUUUUAAUCAGAAAAGCAUAUUAUGAUAGUAGCAUUUCAACGUAUAUUCCCAUUCUUUUCAUUUUUGGGUUUGAUAGGAGAGAUGAUUGUAUUUAUACUUUAGAAUUAUUAAGGUAAUGUUGUAAUUUUAAGAGGUGCAAAAAUGGUGGUCCAAACUCCAAAAGGAAAACCCUAAUGUAUGUGGUUAUAUUUAUAGAGAAAGGUUUGUAAAAUAGGCUGCAAGUGAUAUGCUGAUCUUGCAAUGUUACACGCUUGUUAUUUAUAUGGAAGGCAGACAGUUGAGAACUUUA